CACAUGGGCUCGUUCAUGGUUAGAGCUGGGGAGGACAUUUGUCUUGGAGAGACCUGGGGGUCUAAACUUGUUUUUCCACCUAAAGUGACCAGCUGGAGUCUUCCAUCUAUAGGCUUAAUGGAGGCAUAAAACACUACCACAGACUGGUGAAGUGCUGCUAUCUUCCUGAGUACAAAGGAUAAGCAGUAUGAUCCAGUGGCCAAGUUCAUAACAGAUAUGAACGUAGCCUAUCCUGCACCCACCACCCUGAGCAGAGGCCAGUGGUCUACCAAGGUGGAGUUUCUCUUGGCUGUGGCAGGGCAGAUCAUAGGCCUGGGGAAUGUGUGGAGAUUUCCAUACUUGUGCUACAAAAAUGGAGGGGGGGUGUUCUUCAUCCCCUACGUACUGUUCCUUUUUACCUGUGGAAUCCCCCUGUUUCUCUUGGAGACGUCUCUGGGCCAGUACACUACACAGGGAAGUAUUACCUGCUGGAAGAAAAUUUGCCCCCUGUUUGAAGGGAUGGGUUAUGGCAGUCAGGUGGUUGUUUUAUACUCUAGUAUCUAUUACAUCAUCAUUUUGGCCUGGGCAUUCUUCUACCUCUUCUCUUCAUUUAACUCCGAGCUUCCCUGGGCAAGCUGUGGAAACAGUUGGAACACAGAGACCUGUGUGGAGUUUGAUCACACGCCUGACAACAUGAACUGGACCGUAGCAGAGAAUGCGACAUCACCAGUGAGGGAGUUCUGGGAGAGACGAGUUUUGAAUGUAACAGGAAGUGUCCAUGAGUUGGGCAACAUACGAUGGGAACUGGCUCUCUGUCUCCUGCUGUCUUGGGUCAUAUGCUACUUCUGCGUCUGGAAAGGAGUAAAGUCCACAGGAAAGGUGGUUUACUUCACCGCCACGUUUCCAUAUGUGAUGCUGUUGGUGUUGCUUAUACGUGGUCUCACGUUGCCCGGGGCCAUAGAGGGAAUCAAGUUUUACCUUUACCCUGACCCUUCCCGCCUCGCUGAUCCCCAGGUGUGGAUGGAUGCCGGGACACAAAUUUUCUAUUCCUAUGCCAUUUGUAUCGGGUGUCUAACUGCACUUGGCAGUUACAACAAGUACAACAAUAACUGUUACAAGGAUUGUGUGUACUUAUGCCUUCUGAAUAGCGGGACCAGUUUCGUAGCAGGCUUUGCCAUCUUCUCUGCACUUGGUUUCAUGGCGUAUGAGCAGAACACAGACAUAUCAAAAGUGGCCGAGUCAGGUCCUGGCUUGGCGUUCAUUGCUUACCCUCGUGCGGUGGCCAUGAUGCCGUUUCCACAGCUAUGGGCUGUAUUCUUCUUCAUUAUGAUCAUCUUACUUGGCCUGGACAGUGAGUUUGUAGGUCUGGAGGCACUUGUGACAGCAAUAUCAGACAUGAAUCCUUCAUUCUUUCACUAUGGCCACCGACGUAAGCUUCUUCUGCUCGCCAUUAGUGUGUGCAGUUUCUUCAUUGGCCUUGUGAUGGUUACAGAAGGUGGAUUGUACAUUUUCCAGUUGUUUGAUUACUAUGCCUGCAGUGGAAUGACUCUUCUCCUCUUUGCCAUACUGCAGUCUGUGGCUAUUGGAUGGGUUUAUGGCGCCGACCGAUUUUAUGACAACAUAGAAGACAUGAUUGGGUAUCAACCUUUGCCCCUGAUUAAAUAUUGUCUGAAAUUUGUCACUCCAGUAAUCUGCCUGGGAACUUUUAUUUUCUCCUUGAUCAAAUACAGUCCUCUUAAGUUCAACAAUACCAUUGCAUAUCCAUGGUGGGGCUAUGCCCUUGGCUGGUGGUUCACUCUGUCUUCCACACUCAUGGUUCCUCUCUGGAUGUUGUACAAUUUGAGCAUCACUCCCGGUACACUGAGACAGAGGAUCUCCAUCCUGUGCACUCCAGCAGAUGAUCUUCCUUUGACCAAAGCACAAAAGAACGCUCUUGAGCAGCUUGAUAUGACCAGACCCUACAACAGUAUGAUGUACCAGCAAGAAAUGACAGCCUGGAAAAGCCCCAUAGAAGCUGUCCCAGUUUAAUCAAUUUCCUAUCUACAUGUGAUGCAUAAGGAAGGACUUAACUCAAGACACACCCAUAUUUCUGUCAAAGGCUUCAAGUAUGGAUUCAUCAUCAUCAUUUCACUACAUUAUGAGUAAUAAACAUCAGGAAACUGUUGCCAGACUUACAAAGGAGCACUGAAGAAUUGAGAGUGUCCUCAGAAAACUUUGGCAAACAGGAGAAUUAGCUUGCUCAACUUCACACAGGUGCCAAGCCAUAAAACUUAAAAAAAAAAAAAAACAGUCAGCACUCACACAAUCCAGCAUGCAUUUUUUUUUCACAACAGCAGACAAAAUAUAUGUGUUUUUCAACCUUCCUCAGCAUUUCAGAGAAACACAACCAUUUCAUAAGAAUACCGUUAGGUAAAAAAGAUGAUGGACCUUCAUGGAUUUAUAGGAACUGAGGCCGUUAGGGAACUGUAGACGAGCCAUGAAGAAGAAACUUCUCCAGAGAGAAGCCUCACUUAUAAAAUGAGUAUCCCAAGCACUUGAAUAAAGAAUUGAUAUUAUCUUGUUUUUUUAUAGAAACAGAUUGCAUUUAUUUAUGUGCAGUUGUCAUAUUGAUGGGUGUUUUGUGUAAUGGUAUGUUUUGUGCAUAUGCAUCAACAUGUUGGUGGUAUUGUAAUUUUUGGGGAUUAAUUAAUCGUUUAGUCAUUCUAAACAAAAGACAGUUAUUUUUUAAAAUGAUAUGCUUCCUGUCGUUUGUAUGGAGGUUACAGAACUGUACAUGUUGAAUGUUAUAACAGAUGAUAGGUUCUGUUAAAUUAUGCCCUGUAUGUCCAUUAUGUGCCUGCUACAAAAACAUUAUUUUUUCUCUUGCAUUUUUCCAUUAUCCGUAGCUAAUUGAUAAUUACUGGUCUGUCCCUGGUUGCUGAUGAAUAGCGGUUAGACACACACACACACACACACACACACACACACACACACACACAUUUUUUCAGAAACCUGCCUGCUGCUGUGUAAAUUUUAAAAAAGUCAUAUACUCAAUUGUGUAAGUGCUGACAGUUUUUACAGUUAUAGUCUGACAAAUCCUUCAUGUUUUGUUUUCACUUUUUUUCCCGCCAGGACAUAAUUGUUGGGAGUAAAGUGACAUGAAUUAAUAGGCCAAACACUCGUGAAACCAUAUGAAGAAGUCUGAUUCAGCACUUAUUGCACUGCUAAAUGAGUCAAUCAAAGUGAGUGAUGGUAUAAUUGCUUUUGGAAUCAUAACUGAGUUGAAAAUCAGAAUCAGAGAGAGGAAAGAUGGGAGGGUGACAUGCAGUAAAGGUCCCAGGUCAGACUCAAGCGUAGCACAUUGUAGAUGCAGAGCCAAUGCACCUUAGCCGCCUGUGCCUCCAAGCACCAACAAAGUGUUUUUGACCUCUGUUGAAUGACACAGUAAAAUUGUGUACUUGCCAUUGCCCACACAGAGUUUGGAAGCUGGGCACCUUGCAGACACAGACUCUGAAGUUUGUGUUACGCGUAAGAUUCAGAAAUCAACAUUAAUGUGAAGUGAAGUUUUGAUUAUGGAAACAUAAGAUGCAAAGGGUGGUAUACCUGUUGGUUCUAUCAGCAAUGAUCAUGGAAACUCCAUUUUUUACGGUAAACCUGGCUAAAAGUGGCAACUUAAUAUAUUUAAUGAUUAUAGUUUUGAUACAGAAUUAGCAUUCUAUCUUACUCAUUUAUCAGGUCCUAGAUAGAAUUGCCAGCUGUGAUUUAUAUCGGUGUUUUAUGUGUGAUUUUGAAAUAAAAAAAGGUUAACUGAA